AUGAAGAGAAAUGAUACAAAAUUACAUAUAAAUGAAAGAAAAUACAAAAAAUUAACAAAAGAAUUAAACAAGUUCUUUCACAAAUAUUCUAUUUCUGAUCCAAUUUCACUUGAAGACCUUUCUGUUGAUCAUAUGAUUCAGUUAUAUGAGGCUUUUUAUAAUACACAAUUUCCAUUUACAAACCGUAAAAAUAGUUCUAAAAAAACACAAAUUAAAUACUUAAAGUUACUCCUUGGAACGAUUUCACAUGAAUCAUUAAGGAUAGACCUUAGUCAUAUUGAUCCUGUUUUGGUAGUUGAACAUGAUAUGGAAUCAAUUAUCAAUAUUGUUGAAGUACUUGUAAUUAUAGGCAACUUGCAACUAUUAAAAGAAAAGAUAGCCAUGAAGCAAGAAGAAAACGAUGAAGGAAAUGAAAAGGAUGAUGAUUCAUCCAUUUCAUGUCAAAGAGAUAGCUUUGAUGAAGAAACAGAUAAUUCACAAAAUAAUGAUGUAUCUGUUUGUAGUUCUUUAAAAGAUUCACAUAAUACUAUUUGUACACCGAAUUCUUUAGCAUCGUCGGAGUCACUUUCUAUUGUGUCUUAUAUCAAUAAUCGUGCAAAUAAAGUAUUUAAUAGAAUUCAUUCUUUAAAUCCAACUCUAACGCAUUCUGCAUGCCACAAUCAACCUCUCAAAAAGGAAUCUUUAAUAAAAAACAAAAAUGCCAAGUAUUCAAAAAACUCUAAAACGAUCAAAAAUAUACAUAAUUGCCAAAAAAACAAAAACAAUAAUAAAACAAGUAAGCUUUCAUAUCGAUCUAUUGGAACACAGACAUCUUUGUCAUAUUUUUCUGAAAUAUUCACUGAUUAUCAAACUUCACCCUUACCAUCAUCAAUAAAUACUUCAUAUAAAAACUCUUAUGAUAUAGGUCCGUGCUCUAUAAAGAAAAUGAUGCAGAAGGUUUCAUUAAAUACAUGGGAUUCAGAAAGUUCAGAAAAUGAGUUAUCGGAAUCGGGUUUGUCUAGUGAAGGAAAUACAGACAAAAUAUCUAUUGAUAAAAAAUUAACUAAAGAUGAUUUCUAUUUUGAUUUUGAUAACAAUUUUUUUAAAAAAAAAAAUGAAAAUUAUCAUGAUAAGACAUUAAAAGAAAAUUUUGGAACAGAACCAAGCACUUUGGAUAACAAUAAGAAAAUGUAUCCACAUAUCUUGCAUACAUCAUAUAAAAAUAAACCUCUUUAUUUCAAAGAAAAUAUCUCUCAGGAGUCUUCACCUAAUAGUGAUACCACUAAUAUAGCUUUUUUUAGAAAAAAAAUUCAUCGAAGUCUAUUAAAAGUAGAUUCUCCAUAUACACUUUACUUGCGUAAACGAAGAAGAAAUGCUUUAAAUGCAUUAUACGCACAGCGCUCGCAUCUAGAACAAAAUUUAAAGUCAUCUUUAAAGGAAAGAAAAAAAAAAUCAUUAAAUAAUUCAAAAACGGGAAAAAUCAAAAAUAUUCCAUAUCAAAAUCAUUAUAAUACACAUUUAAGUGAUAUCUCGUUUUAUUCUUUAUCAGAACCAAAAUCUCAGGCCUUUUUUUCUCAAUAUAAUGAAAACUUUACUGAAGACCUUGAAGAACGAUUAAUGUCUGCUAAAAAACUUUACUCCAAAGAAUCAUAUCCAUAUGAUGAUCUAAUAUCUAAAAUAGCUAGCCAUAAGAUUUAA